AUGGAAGCCAUGGCCGUGUUUUCCGGAAGCAAUAUCUGUGUUACAUCCUCUCUCCUACGCACAACCAACUCCAAAACCAGAUGCUCUCAAUUACGCACCACCCAACACCUAUCUGCAUUUCCUUCUAAAUCUCAUCUCUUCACUUCUACUACUUUUUCUUAUCCUAAAACCUUCCGUACCAGAAGCAGCACCGAAUCCGGCAUCUUCCUUCCCCACCUAAUUGCUUCUCUCAAACAAGUUGACCAGACUUACAUUAUGGUCAAACCCGAUGGUGUGCAACGUGGUGUUGUCGGUGAAAUUAUUUCUAGGUUUGAGAAAAAGGGGUUUAAGUUAACUGGCUUGAAGCUUUUCCAAUGCUCUAAAGAAUUAGCUGAGGAGCAUUACAAGGAACUAAGCCAAAAGUCUUUCUUCCCUAAGCUGAUUGAGUAUAUUACUUCAGGUCCCGUUGUGUCUAUGGCAUGGGAGGGUGUUGGAGUAGUGGCAUCAGCACGUAAACUUAUAGGGGCUACUGAUCCUCUUCAAGCUGAACCAGGCACAAUAAGAGGCGACUUUGCUGUUCAAACAGGAAGGAAUAUUAUUCAUGGAAGUGACAGCCCUGAAAAUGGCGAGCGUGAAAUAGCUCUAUGGUUCAAGGAAGGUGAAUUAUGCGAAUGGACUCCUGUCCAACAACCAUGGCUAAGAGAAUAA